CCAAGUUAACUCUGUUAGCCAUCAGAACUAUCAGCAUUUUCUGCUCCUAAAAAAAAACGAAAUCCUUUGAAAUCAAAAUGUUCAAGUUUGUCCUUGUCACUUUGGCUCUUGUCGCUAGCGCUGCUGCCGCUCCCGGUUACUUGGGCGGUUAUGGCGGUCAUGGUCUCUUAGGUGGCCAUGCCAUCGCUGCUGCUCCAGCUAUUUCAUAUGCUGCACCAGCUAAGCUCGCUGCUCCAGCCAUCUCGUAUGCCGCCCCAGCUAUUGCUCACGCCCCAGCCAUCUCCUAUGCCGCUCCUGCCAUUACCAAAAUUGCUGCUGCUCCUGCCAUCUCUUAUGCCGCACCUGUGGCCAAAGUCGGUUAUGCUGCUCCCGCCUUGGGUCUGGGUUAUGGUCAUGGUUUGGGAUAUGGCGGUUUGGGUUACGGUCAUGGUUUGGGCUAUGGCCAUGGUUUGGGUUUGGGCUACGGUCAUGGUUGGUAAAUACGGCCGACAGUUGUUAAAACAGUAUUUAUAAAUCAGUUUGGAUGAAAACUAAAUUUGAACGAUGGAAGAGGGAGACAGAAAAGGAAAGUGGGCGUGACUGGAGAAGGAAUGAUUGUUAAUUUGGUUAAAAAAAACGAAAUUUUCUGUUGUGAAUUAUUAUAUGAGUGUAUAUAUUGUA